UUUAGUCGUGUCUUUUUCGAGAAAAUCUUCGGCGCCUUUUUUUUUCAUUGAAACCCUGCCCACCUUUCAUUGGGGUGGAAAAGGAGAGGGCAAGGAAAAAAAACGAUUGAGUUGGAGUGUGUGUGUGAGUGUGUGUGGUGGUGGGGAAAGCCUGACACUCGGGUCACGUAGGGGCGGGGCCUAACCGGGAGGGAGAGGGUGGUGUCACGUGUGUGUGUUGUGGGGGGAGGGGGUCGGUGUCUCGCGGUCGGUUCCGGGCGGUUGGGGGGAGUGAAGUGGGGGGAAACUCAGGAGCGGGGGAGAGAGACCCAGCCCGCCCGCCCGCCGUCGUCGCCGCUUUUCCUCUGUAUGUCGCUCUCCCCGGCCGCCGCCGCUGCUGCCGCCGCCGUCGUCGUCUCCAGCACCAGCAGGAGCCGCCGCCGCUGCGGUUGAUGUGGUUUGGGCCGGGGCUGUGGAGUGUGAGAAGAUGCCGCAGUCCAAGUCCCGGAAGAUCGCUAUCCUGGGGUACCGGUCUGUGGGGAAAUCUUCAUUGACAAUUCAGUUUGUGGAAGGCCAAUUUGUUGAUUCUUAUGAUCCAACCAUAGAAAACACAUUUACAAAAUUGAUCACAGUAAAUGGACAAGAUUAUCAUCUUCAGCUGGUAGACACAGCUGGGCAAGAUGAGUACUCCAUCUUUCCUCAGACGUACUCCAUAGACAUUAAUGGUUACAUUCUUGUGUACUCAGUUACAUCAAUCAAAAGCUUUGAAGUGAUUAAAGUUAUCCAUGGAAAGUUGUUGGAUAUGGUGGGGAAAGUCCAAAUCCCUAUUAUGUUGGUUGGGAAUAAGAAAGAUCUACACAUGGAGCGGGUGAUCAGUUAUGAAGAAGGGAAAGCUUUAGCAGAAUCUUGGAAUGCAGCUUUUUUGGAAUCUUCUGCUAAAGAAAAUCAGACUGCUGUUGAUGUAUUUAGGAGGAUAAUUUUGGAGGCAGAAAAAAUUGAUGGGGCAGCUUCACAAGGAAAGUCUUCAUGCUCAGUAAUGUAAAUUCCACUGCAAAACCUGAGGACACUGGGAAUAUAGUCUACCUGAAGAAGCAAACUGCCCGUUAUCCUUUAAGAUAAACUAUGCUUCUUUUUUCUUCUGUUAACCUGAAAGAUAUCAUUUGGGUCAGAGCUUUUUUUUUCCUUCCCUCCAGAUUAUGUUCAACUCUGACUUCUGUCCAAAUGGCUUUACUUCCAUUUUCAAAUUUUAAACAAUCAUAUUUUCAAUUUAUAUAUUGUAUUUCUUAAUAUUAUGACCAAGAAUUUUACCGGCAUUAAUUUUUCAGUGUAGUUUGUUGGUUAAAAUAAUGUAAUCAUCAAAAUGAUACAUAUUGUUACACUACUCUUAACUAGGCUUGGAUAUCAGUGUUUCUUUCAUUGUGUUAAAUGUAUACUUGUAAAUAAAAUAGCUGCAAACCUUA